AUGAAGCUCUCCCUCUCUUUGUUGACCCUUGCGGCUACUUCCGCAGUCCAGGCUGCUGUUCCUGCGUUUCCCGGAGCCGAGGGCUUUGGUAAGGAUGCUAUUGGUGGUCGUAAUGGUGGUGAGGUCUACAAGCCUAACCGAAUUGUCGUGUUUGACGUCGGCGGCAUCAUCAAGAUUACUGGUCGCAUGGUCGUCUCCAAGAACGUUUACAUUGCUGGCCAGACUGCUCCUGGCGGCGGAAUCGUGGUGUACGGCAAUGGCUGGUCCUUUUCCAAUGCCAACGAUGCCAUCGUGCGAUACAUCACCAUCCGCAUGGGCAGAGGGGGAACCUCGGGUAAGGACGCCAUCACCAUCGCCGACGGCAAGAACAUGAUCUUUGAUCACGUCAGUGCCUCGUGGGGCCGUGACGAGACCUUUUCCAUCAACGGAGCUGUCUCCAAGGUCACCAUCCAGGACACCAUCAUCGCUCAGGGCCUCGUGUCGCACUCUUGCGGUGGUUUGAUGCAGACCGAUGGAGGAGUCAGUCUGUUCCGCAACCUGUACAUUGACAACAAGACCCGUAACCCCAAGGUCAAGGGAGUCAAUGACUUCCAGAACAAUGUCAUCUACAACUGGGGAGGUGGCGGUGGCUACAUUGCCGGAGGAAGUGACGGCGACAGCUACGUCAACAUCAUGAACAACUACUUUAUCUCUGGUCCUCACACCAGUGUCACUGCUUUCACACGAGGCAACGCCAACUUCCAUGCCUACGUCAAGAACAACUUCUACGACUCCAACCGUAACGGAAAGCUCGACGGCUCUGCCCUCUGCGAGAGCGCCACUUGCUACUCCAGCAUGGACAUCGUCAAGACUCCCUACGACUACCCCGCCCCUGCCACCGCCCGCACGGCGGAACAGGCUCUCAACGUGGUCCUCGCCAGCGUCGGAAACUCUCGGACCCGCGACGCAGUCGACACUGGCCUCGUCGAGGAGGUCAAGACGUACGGAAAGAAGGGAUCCCAGAUCUCCGACGAGAGUGACUUUGGCGGCGUGGGCACGAUUGCGAGCGGCAAGGCGCCUACUGACACGGAUGGUGAUGGUAUUCCUGAUGAGUGGGAGAAGAAGAAUGGUCUCAAUCCCAAUGAUAAGUCUGAUGGUAUGAAGAUUGCCUCUAACGGGUACACCAACCUGGAGAACUAUGUCAACUCUCUUGUUUAG